AUGGCGGAGGGUGGGAAUAGAUUCUAUUUCACCAGUCUUAGGGACUGCUUCAUAUUUUUUGAUUGGUUGGAGACUGAGAAGAAGGAUAAACUAAGCGAGGUGGCCAAAAAAUUGCAAGAGCGUCUCAGAGGCUAUUACAAGAAUGUAGAUCUUCAGAUUGAAUCUGCAUUGUCAACUUUCCUCUCCAACGUAUGCGGCUUUUAUUACAAAUUGGUAAAGCCAGGUGUUCCUGAAAACGUACUUGUUGGCACAGCAUCAAUAAAAAAGGACGCAACACUAGAUGACACUGUAGAUGCCCUAUUCGGGUGUCUCCCCAAGUUCCUCUCUGCCUUAUACUUUCUGCUCUACCAAGUGGACAUAAGGUUCGGUGUACUGGGAGGAACGAAAUGGAGAGAUGAUAACCCUGGGUAUAUAAUGCGGUGGUCUUCGUGGCGUGAUUAUGGUGGCGAACUAAACAAGUAUCUCUAUGAGCAGUCUGGCUCUAAGUACGGUGGCGUGAUACCAGGAGGGUUCCGUGUACAUGAGGUGAGGUAUGGUUAUAAUUGGGAUGGCUACCGGUAUGGUUAUUCUAUGGCAACGGACCUUAAAAACAUUUUCGGAAAAGUAGAUGACCAAUUUUUCCGUGACGUGUUCGCCACUUCUGUUCUUGCUACCACUUCUGGCACCCAAAUUUCUAACACUGCAAAUGCUCUUGCAUUGGUGAACUUGUUUUGCGAGAUUGUGGUUGAGGCGGAUGAGAAUGGAAAUGGUGACGAGUUUAAAACGCAUGUACAAUUAAAAAACGGAUGCGUACAUUGGGGCUUUUAA